AGGGGGCAACCGGAGCCUGGCCUGCCGGGUCCUCUUUCCUCAUCCCCAGCCGGAGCUGCUGACAGCUGCUUGGGACACUGCCGCCACAGCCUGGCCAGCCCCACAGCCUCUCCGCAGUCUCUCGGUGACUCCUGAGCCACAGUCCCUCAUGGCCCAGAAGGAGGAGGCCACGGAGCCCGCGGCGGCGGCGGCUGCUCCCGCCUCCCAGAAUGGGGAGGAGGACCUGGAUGACUUGGCCAACCCUGAGAAACUGAAGGAGCUCAUCGAGCUGCCGCCCUUCGAGAUCGUCAAGGGGGAGCGGCUGCCUGUCAACUUCUUUAAGUUUCAGUUCCGGAAUGUGGAGUACAGCUCUGGGCGGAACAAGACCUUCCUCUGUUAUGUGGUGGAGGUGCAGAGCAAGGGAGGCCAGGUGCAGGCCUCGCGGGGCUACCUGGAGGACGAGCACGCUGCUGCCCACGCGGAGGAAGCCUUCUUCAACACCAUCCUGCCGGCCUUCGACCCAGCCCUGCAGUACAACGUCACCUGGUACGUGUCCUCCAGCCCCUGCGCAGCUUGCGCCGACCGCAUCAUCAAAACCCUCAGCAAAAGCAAGAACCUGCGCCUGCUCAUUCUGGUGGGGCGACUCUUCAUGUGGGAGGAGCCGGAGAUCCAGGCAGCACUGAGGAAGCUCAAGGAGGCUGGCUGCAGACUCCGCAUCAUGAAGCCCCAGGACUUCGAGUACGUCUGGCAGAAUUUUGUGGAGCAAGAAGAGGGGGAAUCCAAGGCCUUUCAGCCCUGGGAGGAUCUUCAGGAGAACUUCUUAUACUACGAAGAGAAGUUGGCAGACAUCCUGAAGUAGACAUCCGGCCUUGUCCUCCUGUGAGUUCUCCCGGGUCCAUGGCGCUGUGCUGGCUGCUAACUUGGGCAGAGGGCGUGAGGUUGGGUGGAAUGAGUGGUGUGACGCUGAUUUGCCUUUGGAUGGAUUACAUUUCUCUGCUUCUGGUUGACUGCAAAAACAUGUUAGAACAGUGCUUCGUUUUUGUCUUUCUUUUGAAUCCCUCUCCCUAAAUCCCCUUUUAUCUCUCCUAUUACCUUUUCAUUACAAACCUAACUUUCCCAUAACUUGGGAAACCCAAGGGUGAUGGAGACCCUAAAGCUCUGUGGUAGAAUGCCCCUGGGUAAGAUUUAGAUGGCACAAAGGCCUACUGCUGGGUAACAGCAGAGACAGUUAAAGCCCUAAGAGUGCCCCAAUACACAUGCCCUGGUGUGCCCAGGGCACCAUCUCGAGGUCCUGCUCCGAAUCCGUUUGCACUUUUAACCUCCAUGUUUUCUCUACCACAGGAUUUUCACCCUUCAGGGGCAACUCUUUCAUCUUUGGGGAUUCUCAAAUCCCCAGGAGGAUUUGCAUUCAACUUUUGUUAUUGGCCAGACCUGCUUUCAUGUUUUCAAACAAAUGGUUAUGCUUUGAGGGAGAUGGAUAAUUGCUGUGUGAAUGCAUAAUGCAGGAGCCUUUUCCUCGCUGAGAAGAGCGCGGCAGAACUCGUGGGAAGGCAGACGGAAGGACUGGGCAACGCAGCAGGCCAGCUGACGUGGGAUUUGGGAAAGGGUUAAAAAGGAUGUCUGUAAAUGAGGUGGCGCCUCAGAAGUAGCCUCCUACAGAUAUCAGAGGUGAUAGGAGAACUGGAAGUAAAGAUUAGCUAUUUAAGCAAAUAAUUAGGACACAAUUAAGGCCAAUUUGGCCUCUUGCUGAGGGUAAAUUAGACUUUCAGAGAAACAGGCCAAUUAUCCUCAGUAAGAAGGGUGAAGGAUCCUUUACCAUCUUUUGAAUUUGGUCCGUUCUAGCUUGUCCCCCGCAGAAACACUGGCCGAACCAAGCCCUGUGUAACACCAGAAUCACUGGUCAAACCACUCUCAUUGGCGGCUUUAAUUCUGGAACAAGUCACAUAUUAAUAAAACAUGAAAGCAGCAAGCCUCCAUGAAUGCAAUGCAAUUCAUUGUUGGUGUUUCUCAUGCCUAAUACCCUUAAGAGAAGAUGCUGAUUCUUAAGACAUGCUAAAGAAAUAUCCGUGCGUCAGAAGCCACUGCUGGCAGGAGCUUCCUGUUAGGCAGGCGCACACAUGGCUGAGCACCCUCAGGCCGAGGACCCCACAAACCAGCAACAUAUGUCUACACUGAGCUAUUGCCAAGAGGCAGCGGGACCUGGCCCAGCUUCGGAAGGCCUAUGGUAGGGUGAGGCCGGUGGAAACUCUGCUCACGCACAGAAACAAAGCGCUGAGAGACAGUAAAGAUAGGUUUCCGAAUGACCUCUGAAAGUAUGAAAUACCCUAAAGAACUUGUGAGUAGGUACUAUACCUAUAGAUGCAAUAUAGACCA